AUGUUUGUUUACCGAGAUGUAAUCAGUUCUCAACAUCUGCGCUUUCAGGAAAAUGGCAGCCGAAUUGAAAAAGUUGGCGAAGGUUUGUUAGAGCAACUAGAUGAUCUUCUCAGGCUUGAAAUGCAUGACGAGCUAAUGAAGACCAUAAUCAAGCUUGUUAAGCUAUGUGGGCGUCAUUUGGAUGCUUCGCCCGUAACCGAGCCUCUUGUCAAUCAACUACUUACAAAACUGCUUGCAUUCGCGAAAGGUCAUCCACAAUUGAGCGAGUCUGUGAAGACUCAAAUAAACUGCGUUGUUGAUUUGCGGAAGAGUGGAUGGGGUAUAAAUUCCCGAGGAGGCGUUGCAGUAUUUGAUACGGCCACAUCUUCUUCGAAUCACUCUGUUCCAUCGAGUGGAAUCAUUGUCGGUGACGAUGGCGCUGCGCUGGAUUUGGAUGAUGAGGAGCGAUCCUUCCUGGAAUCACAUUUUAAUGCCAUUGAUGGUGUGGAAGAAGCGGACCAUGACCAAUCAUUUGAUGAUCAGGAAGUAAUGAAGGAUUUUGUUAAAGAGGAAGAGGAUCGAGAAAAAGUGAGUUUCUUACAUUUUCUUUUGUGCUGGUCUCUUUAAAC